UUUUACGCCACUCAUAUGAAAGGCAAGAUGAAAUCUGGAGCUGUGAAAGUUUUCUCCUUCACACUAUUGCUCAUUAUUGAAGUUCCUAAAGGAGCUUAUUCCCAGCAGGAGAUCACAGGCAAUGAAAGCUUGACAACGGAAGAUUGCAAGUGUCACGCAAACAAAUCUGCCCUUCAGAUACCUGUCUUGAGUUGGAUCCAAGAAAUCACUUGCAUGCCGGAAUGCCCGUACCACAGACCCCUGGGCUUCGAGUCUGGAGCAGUCACUUCUGAUCAAAUCAGCUGCUCUAAUGAGGAUCAGUACACAGGCUGGUUCUCCUCAUGGAUCCCCGACAAAGCCAGACUUAACAACCAGGGUUUUGGUUGUUCCUGGUUGUCUAAGUACCAGGACACCAACCAGUGGCUUCAGAUUGACCUUUUGAAGGAGACAGUGGUUUCUGGUAUCCUUACCCAAGGACGCUGUGAUGCAGACGAGUGGAUCACCAAGUACUCUGUACAGUACCGCACCAACAAGAACCUCAACUGGAUCUACUACAAAGAUCAAACAGGAAACAACAGGGUGUUUUACGGAAAUUCUGAUCGCUCCUCUUCGGUCCAAAACCUGCUGCGUCCCCCUAUUGUGGCGCGCUACAUCCGCCUCAUCCCUCUGGGCUGGCACACACGCAUUGCUGUCCGCAUGGAGCUCCUGCUUUGCAUGAAGAAAUGCACCUAAUGUGACACACUGCCCCGUUUCUUUACCACCUACACCACAACAAGUGGCAAUCUGUCCCAUUAGUUUAUUUCCUGUUUUUAGAUGUGUGUUAA